UCCGCUCAGGUGAGCUGGUUAAUGUUUUACCUGCGCGAGAACACGUCACGGUAAGCUUCUGGGGAGAAGACGCACUGGGCGCCUUGGCUACAGUGACCCAUGCCUUUCUGACAUUUUUUCAAGACACGACUGGACUCUGAAGCCUCUUGUGGAAACUUUGCGUGCUUUUUUACAAACUGCCGAGGGUACGAGGACAAUGUCUGCCUCUGCUAUAUUUAUCUUGGAUCUGAAGGGAAAGGUGCUGAUAUGUCGGAACUACAAAGGCGACGUGAACAUGGCAGAGAUUGACCACUUCAUGUCUCUACUCAUGCAACACGAAGAAGAAGGCCUUCUCUGUCCUGUAAUGUCGCAUGGCAGUGUUCACUUCAUGUGGAUCAAGCACAGCAACCUCUACCUUGUGGCCACGACAAACAAGAACUCAAACGCCUCCCUGGUGUAUUCAUUUCUCUACAAACUAGUGGAGGUCUUUACAGAGUACUUCAAAGAACUGGAGGAGGAGAGCAUUCAGGAUAAUUUUGUGGUAGUCUACGAGCUGCUGGAUGAGCUGAUGGACUUUGGAUUCCCUCAAACGACCGACAGCAAGAUCUUACAGGAGUAUAUAACUCAAGAAGGCACUAAGUUGGAGGUGGCAAAAUCCAAGGUGCCAACCACUGUCACUAACGCUGUUUCUUGGCGCUCAGAGGGUAUCAAAUACAAAAAAAACGAAGUCUUUAUCGACGUCAUUGAGUCCAUCAAUGUACUGGUGAAUGCCAAUGGCAGUGUGAUGAGCAGUGACAUUGUAGGCAGCAUUAAGCUGAAAACCAUGUUGUCCGGGAUGCCUGAACUGCGCCUGGGUCUCAACGAUCGAGUGCUUUUUGCCCUCACUGGACGAGACAAGGGGAAGACCGUGGUGAUGGAAGAUGUUAAGUUUCAUCAGUGUGUCCGUCUGUCACGCUUUGAGAGCGAUCGGACAAUCUCUUUCAUCCCUCCCGAUGGAGAGUCUGAACUGAUGUCCUACCGCAUUAAUACUCAUGUGAAACCUCUGAUAUGGAUUGAAUCGGUCAUAGAGAAAUUCUCUCACAGUAGAGUGGAAAUCAUGGUUAAGGCAAAGGGACAAUUUAAAAAACAAUCUGUGGCCAAUAAUGUAGAGGUGAGGGUCCCGGUCCCCAGUGAUGCAGAUUCACCCAAGUUCAAAACUAGCACAGGCAAUGCCAAGUAUGUACCAGAGAAGGACAUGGUGGUGUGGACCAUCAAAUCUUUCCCGGGAGGAAAAGAGUUUCUCAUGAGAGCUCACUUUGGUUUGCCCAGCGUUGAGAACAAUGAGAUGGAGGGAAAACCACCUAUCACAGUCAAAUUUGAAAUCCCCUACUUCACAGUCUCGGGAAUUCAGGUUCGAUAUAUGAAAAUCAUAGAGAAAAGUGGUUACCAGGCCUUACCGUGGGUCCGGUACAUCACACAGAGCGGAGAUUACCAGCUGAGGACCAAUGUGUAAAGCUUAGAAAUGCUUUAUAGCAUAUUCUUCACUUCACUUCCAGAACGUCCACAGGAGCAGAAUGUACUGCACUGACAGAAUGUCUUAAAUAUGUCACCAGUUGUAAUGUUUCUUAUUGUUCUAUGAAAUUGGUUUGAAACGUGAUUUUUUAAUGUGCUUUCUGUACUAUUAUAUCAAAUAAUUUAAAUCAAACAAUCCUCUUGAAACACAUUUUCGUCACUGUUCUUUGUUGUUGUUUUUUUGGUGAUUUGUUUUACUGGUGUGUUUCAAAACCAUUUAAGGGGACGUUUUGCCAUUAUAUUAUAGUUGGGCAAUGUACAAUCACAGUCGCCAAAUUCCGCCUAAAAUUAAAAACUAGCACCCGCCUUUUUUCUACACUCGGCUCUGGAGAAACACAAGCAAAGGAUGGAAAACUGAAUGAACUGGCUGAGACGCCAACGUAUACAAAUCGCCCGCUUUCCUCGCCUCGUGCUGCGAUUGGUCAGCUGCUGCUAUUACCACAGAGAUAGCGUAGUAACAGUGUCGAAACUCCACCCCUUUUGCCAUAUAUGAAAGUCCCACGCCUACCACAUGAGCUGUGAUUGGUCGGCGUUUGCCCUCUCCAAUGUUUGUAAAUUGUAGUCCAGCGACACCGCUGUUUUGGAUCUCAGCGCGCAAAUGUAUUUGUUAAUGUUGACAAACUCCUCUUGUUUGAGCAGUAUUUGAAAAUAGGUGGUUUGAAGAAACAGCGGGCUGGAAAAUCCUAUCGACGCUUUGGCUCUCAACGAACUGAACAAGGCAAGAACGGAGGCUAUCAUGGUCCUGAGUCAGAUGGACGCCGGUAAAGCUUUGACGGCGGCAGCAGCCAAAGGGAAUCCCAGCGAGGUGCAGCGGAUCUUGGAGGAAUGCAGGGUACAUCCUGAUACUCGGAACGAGUUUGGCAGGACCGCGCUUCAGGUCAUGAUGAUGGGGAACCCCAAAGUAGCGAGCCUGCUGUUGGAGAAAGGCGCAGACCCCAACGUGUGCGACAAGCACGGGAUAGCGCCCAUCCACGACGCCGCGCGGACGGGGUUCCUGGACACUCUCCAGGUUCUGGUGGAGCACGGCGCUUCGGUCAACACCCCGGACGAGAACGGCGCCCUGCCCCUCCACAUCGCCAUCCGGGAAGGCCACCGGGACGUUGUGCAGUUCUUGGCGCCGCGAUCGGACCUCAAGCAUGCCAACGUCAGCGGGCAGACGGCGAUAGAUGUGGCCCGGGCCUCAUGUGUCCCCGAUAUGAUGGACUCGCUUUUUGCUCAUAUUCAUAGUUAGUUAGGGACAGCCUUCUAACUGACUCAAACCUCACUUCCUGUUUUUUUUUUUUUGCUUCAGACCUGGUGACUUGAAUUCAUUGCUGUGUAAAGGAUUUAGUUUGUAUUUUUCAUUAAUGGUGGCUCAGCAUUAAUAUGUGACACGGGACAUAUUGUCUUGGCAGCUUAUUUUCAGUGGAUGGGUGGCUAUAUACUGUAGACACCUCUUUUGCACAGUGCAAUUUAGGCACCUUAUAUACAUAAAAAUAUAUAUAUGAAUCUUUUUUUUUUUCCCUAUUGAUUGGGAGUGCACAUCUGUAGAUAGUUCCCCCUCCCCUUCCCUCAGUGUUGUCUAAUUAUUGCAUUCUUUUCAUUGUGUACGAACUGUAACAGUCUAUACACACGUCUGUUUCUUUUUAAACGACAAAACUUGACAUGGUGCACCCUGUUUGCUUUGCAUAGUUGGGUUUCUCUUACUUAGAUGUACUUAGACCUUGAAUUUACUCUUAUUUAUUGUUGGAAUAGGACUGAAUAUUCCCGUGACUUUGUAAAUGGCUACAUUUAUUGUGAUUUUGUUGAAAUGUUAUUUAUACAAAUACUUUUAAAAGACAAAAGUGAGAUUCUUCACUUUGAAUAUUUGAAGAAAGCACAAAAUAAAGAGUUG